UUCUUAGCACAGAUCCAAUCUCAAUCCAAAAUGAAGUUUUUGGUGAUCUUUGCUGCAGUACUCGCCGCUACGGUUGCAAGACCAGCCGACGAACAAAUCGUAUCGGUAUCCCAAGACACCGAUGGAAAUUACAAGCUCAAGUACGCGAUCGCUGGAAUUUCGAGGGUCGAACAAGGCGAUCCCAAAGGCAACAUAAUCGGCGCAUUUUCAUACAUCGAUCCCCACGGUAUUGUUAGAAAGACAGAAUUUACUGCCGGUGUACAUGGAUUUAACGCCGUCGGAUCCGACAUUCCUCUUCCGGUCGUCGACACUCCAGAAGUAGCGGCUGCAAAAGCUCAUCAUCUCUCUCUCCUUCGGGAAGCCGAAUUGGCACCUAAGGUUGUAGAAGUUAAGGUCGCCGAAAUUCCAACGGUAAAAACGGUCCCCGUUCCGCUACUCCAAGUAGGCGCUAUCCCGGAAACUCCAGAAGUUCUGGCCGCUAGAGCCGAGCACCUCGCUGCACAUGAAGCGGCUAGCAAAACAAUCGUUUAAAUCAUGUUGUGUUAUACUUAUUUAAUUAAACAUUUUACUUUUUUUUGUA